AUGGUCUCGGUAUUAGGAAAACGAAAACAAACCCAACCUAGUGGUACCCUUCAACUAGGCACUCCCUCACCUCAAGAUGAUUUGCAUAAUGAUUAUUAUGAAGAUUGUUGGGAUGAUGAUCCGGAUAUGGAGGAGGAUAUUGCAUUAGAACAACUAGAAGAAGAUGAGGAAGAGGGGGAAGAGGAAGUAGAAGAAGAAGAAGAAGUAGUGAGACAAUGGGAGGGUCCUCCUCGGAAAAAGGGCAAUAGGAGAAAGGGUCCAAGUCCGGCGUGGAAUGAUGCUAAGAGGGUAACGAUCACCGAUAAUAAUAGGGAGAAAUCUUUCAUGGCCGAAUGCAAGCAUUGCAAACUCUUAGUACCGGCGCACCCUAUAAUUCAUGGGACGACGGGAAUUCUUAAGCAUUUGAGGAAAUGCCCGGGUUCUAGUCUCUUUGAGAAUGUGGAUCCGAAGCAACCAACAUUGACACAAGCGAGGAUGGGAGGUCCGGUUGUCACUCACACUUUCAAUCAAAAAAGACUUGAUAGAAGAUGUGUGAGGUGGAUUAUAAUAGCGGAGAUGCCUUUUAGGGUGGUUGAUCAACAAGACUUUCGAGAUUUUAUUCAUGAUUUGAAUCCAAAAUACAAACUUCCUAAUAGGCAUAAGGUGGCGGCGGCGGUUUUGGAGUUGUAUGUUGAAGAGAAGGCUAAAAUAAAAAGUGUGAUUGAGGGGUUGAGAGUGAGUAUUACAACCGACACUUGGACCUCAAUUCAAAUGAUAAAUUACAUGGUCAUCACGGCCCAUUUUUUGGACACUAAUUGGGGGUUGCAUAAGAGGAUCCUAAACUUUGUACAAGUUACUUCUCAUAAGGGUGAUGAUAUUGGAAGAUGUCUAGAGGUUUGCUUGAAUGAUUGGGGCAUUGACAAGGUGUUUAGCAUUACCGUUGACAAUGCUAGUGCAAAUGACACCGCAAUUGCAUACAUGAAAAGAAGACUCAAGUCAAAUGGUACUCUUUUACUUGACGGGGCUCACUUGCACAUGAGGUGCGCUUGUCACAUCCUCAAUUUGAUAGUUAAGGAUGGAAUGACGGAGCUUAGUUGUGAAAUUGAUGCCAUAAGAAAUUGUGUGAAGUUUAUACACUCAUCCCCGGAAAGGUUGGAGUCUUUUAGGGAAUAUUGUGUCUUGUUGAGAUUUGAUAGGAUGUCAAGUAUCCCUUUUGAUGUUGUCACAAGGUGGAAUGCCACAUAUGAGAUGCUUAAUAGUGCUUUCAAGUUUAAAGAAGUGUUCUCUAAGAUGGCCUUUGAGUGUGACUCUUUUAUUGCUUACUUUAAAAAGGAGGUCUCAAAAGAGGUUGAUGGGGUGACAACAAAGACCAAGCGGGUGGGUCCUCCGGAGGUGGAUGAUUGGGAAAGAUCGAUGAGUUUUGCUCACUUUCUUAAAAAAUUUUAUGAUGCCACCUUGACAUUGAGUGCAACCCUUACUCCAACGUCACACUUAAUACUUAGCACAGUGAUUGCCUUGCAAGUGGAGAUACAAGAACAAAUUUUAAACGCCUCUAAUGCCACUUUGCAAAGUGUGGCUACCUCAAUGAAGCUCAAGUUUGACAAAUAUUGGGGUCACAUUGAAAAGGUGAAUCCUAUUCUCUUUGUAGCCCAAGUACUCGACCCUAGGUACAAAUUUGAUAUGUUGGAGACAAAUCUAGAAGAGCUCGGCUAUGGAUGGGACAAAAUAAGGGAGGAGAAAGUAAGGGUUAAAGGCUAUGUAACCGAGUUGUAUAAUGCAUACAAGGAGGGAGUGGUCCUUAGUAGUAGUAGUACUAGUAGUACUAGUAGUAGUGCUACCUCAAAUGUGGAGCAAAGAUCAAGUGUUGUACUAGAUGAUGUGGGGGGUGUGAUUGUAGAUAUUGAUGUUGCUUUAAGGAUGACAAAGAAGAUCCAACGAAAGAGAGCGGAGGCACAACAAAAUGAGAUAGCCAAUAAAGUGGAUAUGUACUUCAAUGAUCCACAUCAAAGCCUAACAUAUGAGGGUUUCAAUCUUUUGGAUUGGUGGAAAGGAAAUUGUGCUCAAUAUCCAACUCUUAGUAAAGUUGCUAAGGAUGUUUUGGCCCUUCCUAGUAGCACCGUUGCUAGUGAGAAUGCCUUUAGUCUUGGUGGGAGAGUUGUUGAUCCUUUUAGAACUUCCUUAACACCUAAAACGGUUGAGGCUUUAGUGUGUACUAGUGAUUGGCUUAGAGGAAAAGAAUUUUGUUUCUACAAGGAGCCUACACUUGACGAAUUCCAUUUCUACAAGGAGCUUGAACGCUUAGAAAGAAGCACGGCUAAUUUGGGAGGUGAGGAGAAUACAACACAAGAAAAUGAAAUGCCACCUCCACCUCCUCGACCACUCCAAGUUGAAGUUCAACAACGUCAAAAUCAAUCACUACCUCCACGACCACCCAUUGCAAGGGGAAGGGCUCAACCAUCAACAUCAAGGGGAAGAGUACAAUUACCAACAAGAAGGGACCAACCACAAGCAUCAACAAGAUCAAGGGGACGAAGGGGCCGAAGAGGCCAACAAUAUUUAUAGACUUUAAGCUUUGCUUUUUAGCUUUUGGUUUGUAACUUAAUUAUUGAAACUUUGGCUCAUAACUAAUUUUUUUGAUUUUGGGUUUGUUACUUUAUUUAUAAACCUUGGCUUGUAACUACUAUUUUUGCUUUUGAGUUUGUUACU